AUGUGGGGACACAGGCUAGUAGUACCAGAAAAAUGUCGGGAAAAAGUAUUAAAUAUGAUACACGAGCCCCACAUGGGCGUCGUGAAGUCGAAGGCGAUAGCUCGCAGCUACGUGUGGUGGGCAGGAGUGGACGAGGCGCUGGAGCGGGUGUGUCGCGCGUGCGCGGUGUGCGCGGCGCAGGCGGACGCGCCGCCGCGGGUGCCACACUCGCCCUGGCCGUGGCCGGCGCGCCCGUGGACGAGGCUACACCUCGACUUCAUGGGACCAAUAUUCGGAAAGACUUAUUUAAUAGUUGUAGACUCCACUUCCAAAUGGAUCGAGGUGUUUCCGGUACCUAGCACAGCAGCCAAUUGGACGAUAGACAAGCUCGUUGAAUUAUGGGGACGAUGGGGCAUUCCUAAGCAGUUGGUCAGCGACAACGGCCCGCCAUAUUCUAGUAGCGAAUUUGCGAAGUUUACUAGAUCAUACGGCAUAGAUCACAUAUUUGCGGCACCGUAUCAUCCAUCCUCCAACGGGGCAGCGGAAAACGCAGUUAGGACUAUCAAACGAGUUGUCAAAAAGGCCAUGUAUGAAAAACAGUCGAUAGAUAGGGCUUUGCACACAUUUUUAUUGUAUUAUAGAAAUACGGAACAUGCGACGACCGGACAGAGUCCCAGCAUGCUGCUGCAGGGCCGGCGCCUGCGCACGCGCCUGGACGCGCUGCGGGCGGACGUGGGCGGCCGCGUGAGCCGCCUGCAGCACCGCCAGCUCGGGGGCGCCGCCUCGGGGGCGGCCAAUCGCGAAAUACACGCGGGGGAGGAUGUGUGGUAUAGGCAAUAUCUUAGGGGCGAAAAGUGGGAACCGGGAAAGGUCAUUAAUAAAUUAGGUCCUAAAAACAUGGAGGUUAGGGGCAUAGAUGGUUCUCAGGUUCAUAGGCACGUAGACCAGUUAAGACGGAGAUCUAGGAAUUCGCUUGUUUUCCCAGCAAAAGAUAAACAAGAGAACCCAAACGUUGUGAACACUUCUGACACAGCAGAUGUUGUAACGGUGGGCGUUUCGCCUCGAGGGUCGGAGGCUCAGUCGGAGCGGGGCGCGGGGUCCGUGACGCCGGCGCGGGCGCAGGCCCCUCCGCCGGCAACUCCGUCCGGCUCGCCGGAAGAAUCAGCUGAUCAGUUCUUAUCGCCGGAGUCAUCGCCCGCCAGUGUGCCGCCCCAGUCUCGUCCUAUACGUACUUGCAAUUUGCAUAAAAACCCUAAAUAUAGAUUUUAG